AUGAAGAGCUCCCACCUGGUCUUUCCCAUUCUCCUGGCCUUCCUGCUGAGUGGCCACCCUGAAGCUGCCAUGCGUGCCGGUAACGUGGCUGAGGUCUGCUGCUUUCACUAUAGUACUAAGGCACUGCCUGUGAGCUGGGUGCGCUCCUACAAGCUGACCAGAAGCAGCUGCUCAUGUCAGGCUGUCAUAUUCACCACCAAAAGAGGCAAGCAGGUCUGCUUCCGUCCAAAGGCAAAAUGGGUACAGCAAUACAUCUCCUGACUUGAAAGCUCAGAAACAAACCUGACCCUGCCCAGAAUUCAGCCCAAGGGCACCCCAGACCCUGUUCCUGGCUCUGUUGGCCUCCAUGGAGCCUGGAGAGUCCUCUCCAAGGUUCCCAGGGUCCAGAUGAGGAGCUUU